GCGUUCAAUCUCUCUCUCGACUCUGGAUUAGUCGUGUCUGCCCCGAGCUCUAGUGUUGUUUUCUCGGAGGCAAGAUGGCUGCGGCGGUGGCUGGGGCCGCCUUACUGGGGAAGGGGCUAGACAUCAGCCUGGCGGCACUGCAACGGCACGACCCCUACAUCAGCAGCAUCGUAGACGUGGCCAGCCAGGUGGCGCUCUACACUUUCGGGCACCGCGCCAAUGAGUGGGAGAAGACUGAUGUGGAAGGAACACUGUUUGUUUACACAAGAUCUGCUUCACCAAAGUAUGGAUUCACUAUUAUGAAUAGGCUGAGCAUGGAGAACCGGACAGAGCCCAUAACUAAAGACCUGGAUUUCCAGUUACAAGACCCUUUCCUGCUUUACAGAAAUGCCAGAUUGUCCAUUUAUGGAAUUUGGUUUUAUGAUAAGGAAGAAUGCCAAAGAAUUGCAGAGCUCAUGAAAAAUUUAACUCAGCAAGAACAACUAAAAGCACAGCAGGGGGCUGGCAUAGGAAUUUCACCAGUAAGUCUGAAUUCAGGUGACAGCAAAGAAGUGGAUAUCCUACGGAUGCUCAACAAAGCCAAAGAUGAAUAUACCAAGUGUAAGACGUGCUCAGAGCCAAAACAAAUAACCAGUUCUUCCGCUAUAUAUGACAACCCCAACUUGAUCAAACCAAUCCCAGUGAAGCCCAAUGAAACUCAGCACCAAUGUAUAUCUCAACAAGUCCAGAAUAUAGACCCUGAACCACAGCACUUAUCCCUAACAACACUCUUUGGGAAGCAGGGAAAAUCUAGCGUAUGCCAACAUACCUCCGAGCAGUCACAGAAACUUCACCAAGAACACUUUCCUUUGAGGCAGGGGGUUGUGCGCUCUCUGUCUUACGAGGAACCUGGAAGACAUUCACCCACAGCAGAGAAACAGCUUUGCCCAGCCAUUCAGAAACUCAUGGUGCGUGGGGCAGAGCUUCACCCAGUCUCUGAACUCCCUGAGAACCGGCUGUGUGAGAACGGCAGCAUCUCUUCUGUGGGGGAAGUUUUCACAGGACUCUUCCAGCCUGUGCCUUCUCAUAGCAUUCGGACAUCUCAUCCAGUCCAGGAUGUAGGCAGCACUCAUAGCCUGCUGCAGCAACUCCAAGGCCAGUCAGGACAAAUGACAAAAAUGGAGCCCAGCAAUGCAGGGAUGGCAAGUUCAACUGCGUCAGUCUUCAGCAGAACUCCUGCUGUCUCCUCUGUGGCCCAGGUAAAGAAUGUGACACAGCCUCCUCUCAUGUAUUUCAAUGGCUCCCUCCCAGGCCAAACUUUGGGGCCUCCAGCCCUUGGUAAAGAACAAUCCAAACUUCCCGGGCAGUCUCUUCCUCUUUCUGGGAACCAGCCUGGCAAUUCUGGAGUAAUUUCACCACAAGAGUUAUUAAAGAAACUACAGAUAGUGCAACAAGAGCAGCAGUUGCAUGUAUCCAGUCGGCCAACCUUGGCAGCUAAGUUUCCUGUGGUUACUCAGAGCACCACCACUCUGAAAUCUUUGGAUUCCUGGAUGGACAAAGCUUCAAACGCAGAAAAGCAUCCCCCUCUUUUUCAGGUCAUCUCACCACAGCGAAUUCCUGCUACUGUGGCUCCAUCACUACUGAUGUCUCCCAUGGUGUUUAGUCAGUCUUCCCCAGCACCACCAAAGCCAAGUGAAAGUGGAUGGCUGCCAGUUGUGAACCAAGAAGCUGUUUCUACUUCCGCUAACCUCCUACCUAUGCAGAACCCAGAAAAGCCCUUUGCAAACAGCAAUCCACUGACAAAGCUGCAGCUACAGGAAACAUUACUGCAUCUGAUCCAGAAUGAUGACAACUUCCUAAACAUCAUCUAUGACACUUACCUUGUCAGCGUGAGGAAAGCGACACUGAAAAAGCCCAUGUGAAUCAUUUCUUAAAUUAAAAUGUAUGUGACAUCCUGAACAUGUCUUUUUAAAAUAACAGUCACAUGAAAUGAGGGGUCUUUGGCUUUCUGCAUAGCUUUAAAUGAUGCUCGCUGGUAAGUAUGUGCUGUGCUAAGAAAAGAGUAGGUGGGACCUGAUAGUGCCUUCCAGGGGAUGGGGUGAUGUCACGGUAUAAUGACAGAUUUAAAAUACCUUUGUAGUUUUUCUUACAUAAGCAGGAUGACAACUUGUACAAAGAUUUAUAUUCUCUUUGGUUCUCUCAUACUUUGAUUAUUUCUAAAUACAGAUUAGAUAUUAGUUACCUAGGUACUUUGCUGGGAUUUCCUGUUAUCAGAAGUGGACAUUAUUACUCAGCACUGUUUACAAAUAAUGGUACUUGUUGGUGACCACCAGGUGGCAGUCUAGGACUGUUAUAUGAAAAUAUGAAGCUAUUGUAAAAGGUUUAGAUGGGGACAGAAGAUAGCUUUUCAGAGAACUGAAAAUAACAUGAUAGUCGUUGUUGCCAGUGAUUGGACCUUCAUCCCACUACCAUCUCUGUUCACACAAUUUGCACGUUGUUAAAAAACUCUACAAAACCUGUUUGACUGGAUGACAGCAGGACAAAAGAAAUGGAUGCUUAUGCCAAGGACAUUGAUGAUUCUUUCAUUUCACCUCGAAUUCUAGUAAAAAAGAAAAGGGGAAAAAAGGCUGUCUUUAGAAUGAAUACCACAUGCCAACAGGGAGACUGUUUCUCAUGUUAACAGUUUUUCCCCACACGUCAGAGCUAUGUGAAAAGAUAAUGUGGGAAGGCUCUCAAACCAAGAGUUAUCUGCUGCAAAAGACUCAAGAGAGGACUCUGCAUACCAUUUCCUUCUUUGGAAGCUGACGUGUGACAGUUCUUUCACCACUCCACUUAGUGGAAAUACACCAGCCAUUAAGAAUAUGUGGAAGAGGGAGGCAAUCCAGAGAACUUUAGACAUAACCCCCCCCCCAUUAAAAUCAUUAGGCACUAUUAAGAUCUUCAUUCAUCUCUGAGAUAUGCUCAUUGCAACACAGCCCCAAGUUAUCUGCAGUCUGCUACAUACGAAAGAGGUGAUUUUUCUCUUUUUAAAAAACCCUUCUUUUUAUAAACAAAUAUUUUUCUAUUUUUGACCAGAAUAUCCAUAGUGGGCAGCAGGUGAUGACAUUAUAACCCUUUUCGAGUCUUUUGUUUCUAGCUGCUCUUUCCUUUUGAUGUAGAUAUAGGCCUGCACCAGACCAUGAUAAGUUCUAGUACUUCUCUUGGGGAUGGCUGCAUCGUUUUUAAGCAUUCUGUUAAAACUAGCAAAAUGAGUGAAUAGUUUCAUUUUCACUGUGUUGUUCCAUGAGCAGGUGGACAGUAGUUUCAAUGAUCCAUUUGUAAAGAAAAUAAAAU